AUGAAGAAUUCAUCCCACAUGACAAAUUGGACGACAAGUUGGACGGUAAGUUGGACGACAAGUUGGACGACAAGUUUGAUGAUAAGUUGGACGACAAGUUUGAUGAUAAAUUUGACGACAAGUUUGAUGAUAAGUUGGAUGAUAAGUUGGAUGACAAGUUGGAUGAUAAGUUGGAUGACAAGUUGGAUGAUAAGUUGGAUGACAAGUUAGACGACAAGUUGGAAGAGGGAAUAUUAUUUGAUAAAUCAUUUGAUAAAAGAUCGGAUAAACCCCUACUUUCUCAGAUUAGACUUGGUAUGAGUUUUACAAUGGGCGGAAAAAUUAUCAGAUCUUCCAAACUUUUUACCACAUCCAGGGUAGUUGCAGGAGUUGGAGCAUGUAAGGAGAAAACGGGCAUCAUCCAAUUGUUAAUGAUCGGCUUAGUAUCUCGUGAUUGA